CUACGUUUGUCCCUCUGCGCCUCCCGUAGUUAUAGUACAAACAUGGCGUCCGACAGUGACAGCGACGAGGACUUUGUGAGUUACGGGACUCCGCUGGAGCCUCUGGAGGAAGACGAGCCGCUGAAGAAGCCCGUCCCGCUCCACGAGCAGACGGUGAAGGACGAGAAGGGACGAUAUCAGAGGUUCCACGGAGCGUUCACCGGAGGGUUUUCAGCCGGUUAUUUCAACACAGUCGGGACUAAAGAAGGCUGGGCGCCGUCAACCUUUGUGUCGUCACGGCAACAGAAAGCUGAGAAACAUCAUGUCAGACCCGAAGAUUUCAUGGACGAGGAGGACUUUGGCGAGCACGGCAUCGCUCCCAAAGAGAUCACCACCAGUCAGGAGUUCUCGUCCGGGCGCAGAGACGAGAUCAGAGAGAAGGCGAGAGCCGUCAACGCUCAGGCGGCGCUGAUCCCCGGAGACACUCUGCUGGAGGAGCUGAUUGCACCUGCCAGGUUGUCCAUCGGGGUGGAGCUGCUGAGGAGGAUGGGCUGGAAGGAGGGCCAGGGUGUCGGACCUCGUGUGAAGAGGAAAGCUCGCCGACAGCAGACCGAUGGAGGUAGCAGAGUUUACGGCUGUGUGCUGCCCCCUGCUGGAUCAGAGGACUCAGAGGAUCAGGAUGAUGAUGAAGAGUUUGCCCCAGAGGACGUGACCUUCGCCCCGAAGGACGAGACUCCGGUGGACUUCACCCCGAAGGUGGGGGUUCAGGGUCUGGGGUACCGCGGUCUGGACCCGGGAAUGGCGCUGCUGGGCCGAGGAGCUCCAGAACACAUCGACCUGUUCAGGCCGCAGUCCGAGGCGAGGAGUCGACUGUUCGGAGGCGCUCAGCGAGGCUCGCGGAGAGGAGGCGUGGCCGGACAGGCGUUCGGGGUGGGGGCGAUGGAGGAUGAUGAUGAUGAAGAGGUUUACCACAGAGACUCCAUGUCCAGAUACGACACUGUGCUGGGAGGAGAGGAGCCCGGAGACGGUCUGUACGGCUGGACGGCUCCGCAGCAGUACACCAAGAAGAGAGACAAAAGCAGAGAUGCUUCGUAUCUCGGUAAAAUCCUGGAGGGAUUCACUCUGGCCCAAAAACCAGCGGAUGAAAAAACAAUCUUCCCUCCUCCCGAUCUGCCCAGAGACUAUCGUCCGGUCCAUCAUUUCCGUCCGUCGGUGGAUGUUUCGGUUCUCUCCGGGGUCAGUCCCGCGCUGGCCGAGGCUCUGAGGGCCUCCAGGGGCCACAUGGUCAAAGAGGAGGAGCCACAACAAGGAGGACGCCACCAGCUGGACUCCGGCCGGAGGAGGACACUGCUGGGAGAGGACGCCCUGCAAGGUCCCAGUUCAGUGAUGGAGCUGUUGAGACCAGAAGACAGACAGCGACUGCUCAACCUCCGCGGCUCCUCCAACGUGCCCUCCACCAAAACCACCUUCUUGGUCUCCCACGAUGCCUUGCAGCCGGCGGGGAGGUCUGCCGUGGGCGGUUCGGCGUCCUGCGGCCUCCAGCAGGAUGCGCUGGCGGCGUGGAAAGGCGUGCAGACUUCCUCACAGACCUUCAGACCGUUUGAGAAGAACCCGAGCAAACAGGCGCGCUAUGAGCUGUACCUGAACCGCCUGAAGCAGGGAGACAAAGACGCCCUGGAGCAGAGUCUGGACCCGGCGGUGACGGAGUGGGAGCGCAGCAGGGAGAGGGACGAGUUUGUCCGAGCGUCCAUCCUGUACAGACCCUCGUCCUCCUCGCUCUCCUCCCGCUUCACCAGCGCGAGACAGCAGGAGGACGAGGACAGCGUGGAGGUCAGCCGCGACCAGGAGGGCGACGUGGACGACAAACAGGCCGCUGUAAAUAUGAAGAUGUUUGGAAAACUGACCAGAGAAACGUUUGAAUGGCAUCCUGACAAACUGCUCUGCAAGAGGUUCAACAUCCCCGUCCCCUACCCCGGGUCCGGUGUUGUUGGUCUGCCGAAGGUGAAGAGAGACAAGUUCUCAGUGUUUAACUUCCUGACUGUGACUGAGAGCAGAGACUCAUCAGCUCCUCCAAACCCUCCAGAGCCUGGGAAGAGGUCUCGCUGGGACGUUUCAGACCAGAAGAAGAGGGAGGAGGAGGCGAAGAAGAACGACCCGCUGAGCGAGCUACUCAGCGCUGCCCGAAACCAAACUGAGACCAGACUGGAACAAACCUCCGUACCUGCUCUACCUGCUCCUCCCACCUCCUCCAGGAGCAGCAGUCAGACUCCAGACCAGCGGACGGAGGAGGAGACAAAGUCAGAGGAGAAGAGGGAGGAAGAGGAGGAGGAGGAGGAGGAGGAGAGCAGGCCUCCCAUGGAUCUGUUCAAGGCUAUCUUCGCUGGCUCCUCUGAUGAGAAAUCCUCCUCUUCAUCAGAGGGAGACAGCAACGAUGAGGAGGAUGUGAAGGACGCAGGGGAGCAGCCACUGAACCUCUUCAAUGUCGCUUCCUCCUCCGUCGCCUCCUCCUCCGCUGUCGCCUCCUCCUCCUCCGCUGUCUCCUCCUCCGUCGCCCCCGGCCAGCAGACAGCGGCGGUUUCGUCUCUGAACUCGACGCGACACAUAAAGGAGGAGGAGGAGGAGGAGGAGGAGGAGGAGUUUGGUCCGAAGCUGCCGCCUCCUUCAGCUGCUUCACUGUCAACAGAGAAAGCCAGAGGAGGCGCCACCUCCCUCACUGAGGAGCACAAACCCAGGAAGAGGAGCAAAGAGAAGAAACACAAGAACAAGAAGCAGCACAAACACAAGAAGGAGAAGAAGAAGAAGAAACAGAAGAAGCACAAACACAAAGCGAAGCAGCAGAAGAAGAGUAAGAAGGAGGAGUCAGACAGCGAGGACGACGGCGGCGGAGCGGGACACGUGUCCACGGAGGAGCUGCUCAAAAGACUGAAGCAUGUCCGCUCACAUGAGACCUGGUGAAGCAACAGGAAGUGUGUCCUCUGUGAGGACGACCAACCCGGAGUUGUUGCUCUUGUUUAACAUAAUAAACUGUUUAUCUUUUAAUGAA